AUGACUCGAAACAGAAUUGCAUUGAAAGAACUAUUGAGGCAUGCCCCUGGGGCAGGUUUUGGAAUGCAAGGAUUGGUUUAUGUAUUUUUAAAAAGGGAUUUUGAAAUUGACAGUGCUAGAAUGGCUAGAGCAGUUGAUUAUUAUGCAGAUAUGGGGCAGCCUUAUCAGAUUUUGAUGUUCCCGGAAGGGACAGACAAAACAGCACAUACAAGUGCUCAAAGUGAUCGGUAUGCGGAUAGGGAAGGACUGCCUAGAUUGAAACAUUUACUCUAUCCACGUACAGCAGGAUUUGUUCAUUUGGUGCAGAAAAUGCGGCAAAGUGAAUUUUCUGAUUUUAAAUUAAGCCAAUUUGUGGGACUGUGCUGAAGAAGGACAAUUGUGAACUUGAAAUAAGUGUGAAGGAUCUAGGGAUAUAUGCAGGGAUGUUGGGGAUAUGGUAGAAAAGUAUUAGCAAGGGAGUAAGACAAAAAGGGCUUAG